AGUGUGGCAGCUGGGGGUUGUGCUGUACGACAUGUUGUGUGGUGACCAGCCCUUCAACACACGACGAGAGAUCAUCUAUGAAGAGCCUUACAUCAAGGACCAACUGUCCAGACACUGUGUGGAUCUGUUGAGGAGGUGUCUGGCGAAGCGACCCCGAGGACGGCCCACUCUGGACGAGAUGUUACUCCACCCCUGGCUCCAGCCGGACACACCCCCCGGCUCCAUCCGGACACGCCCCCUGGCUCCAUCCGGACACGCCCCCUGGCUCCAUCCGGACACUCCUCCUGGACAGACCUGCAGCUUGUUACCUAAACCCGACAUAAACAGAGAUUUUUAAAACAUUUUUUUUUUAAACCGUCUUUGAAAAUGGACUCCUUCAACGUGAAAAUAUAAACUUUGAACAAAUAUCAUACUUUUAUCAUUCAUGAUUUGUUACUCUAUCACACAUA